GGAGCUUUCCCAUGGUCAGGCGGCGGGCUGGGCGAUGGUACAGGCAAUCUGAUUGGUUACGGCGGAGACUGCGUAAUUUCCGUUGUCAAGUGCGCAGCGAUGGAGAGCCGGGCUUGAUGGUCGGCGGAGGCCUGCCUGUGUGUCUCGCAUUCCGCGCUUAUCACUGAGCAUGAGUCCGGUGUGAGGUGGAGCGAGUGCCGCGUACCAGAUAGAGGAUGAAGAGAAGAGCAUCUGAAAGGGAUUCUGGAGAGACAUCUGCCAGAUCAAAGGCACUGUGCAGCAGUAUCUCUGGAAGUAAUGCCAAGAGGGCUGGGCCAUUCAUUCUCGGUCCACGAUUAGGCAACUCUCCUGUGCCUAGCAUUGUGCAGUGCUUGGCACGGAAGGAUGGCACAGACGACUUCUAUCAGCUUAAGAUACUGAGUUUGGAAGAACGACCAGACAAAUUGGGAGAGACCCAGGAGGAGAGACAAGGCAAAAUGUUGUUACAUACUGAAUAUUCCCUGUUAUCUCUACUGCACAAUCAGGAUGGAGUGGUCCACCAUCAUGGCCUCUUUCAGGAUCGAACAUGUGAAAUUGCUGAAGACAUGGAUGCCAACAAGUUAGUAAGAAAAAUGCGGAAGCGCAUAUGCCUUGUCCUGGAUUGCCUUUGUGCCCAUGACUUCAGUGACAAGACUGCGGACCUAAUUAAUUUACAGCAUUACGUUAUUAAAGAGAAGAGGUUAGGGGAGAGAGAGACUGUGGUCAUUUUCUACGACGUGGUGCGAGUAGUGGAAGCUUUACAUAAGAAGAACAUUGUGCACAGAGACUUGAAGCUGGGUAAUAUGGUGCUGAACAAAAGGACACAUAGGAUAACCAUCACUAACUUUUGCUUGGGUAAGCACUUGGUGAGUGAAGAUGAUCUGUUGAAGGAUCAGCGAGGAAGUCCAGCAUAUAUCAGUCCUGAUGUACUUAGUGGUCGCCCCUACCGUGGAAAGCCAAGCGACAUGUGGGCACUUGGUGUGGUUCUUUUUACUAUGUUGUAUGGCCAGUUCCCCUUCUAUGACAGCAUACCUCAGGAACUAUUUCGCAAAAUUAAAGCAGCAGAAUAUUCUAUCCCAGAAGACGGAAGAGUGUCGGAGAGCACAGUCUGCCUCAUUAGAAAGUUGUUGGUUUUGGACCCACAACAGCGUUUGACUGCUUCAGAAGUUCUAGAGUCUCUUGGAGGCAUCAUAUCCUCAUGGCAGUCUAUGUCCUCUCUGAGUGGUCCACUGCAAGUUGUGCCUGACAUUGAUCAUGUUACCAGUCCAGAGAACUCACAAGAGGCAAAGGUGAUGGAGGAGUCUUCACAGUACGAGUUUGAGAACUAUAUGCGGCAGCAGCUGCUUUUGGCAGAAGAGAAGAAUACAAUCCAUGAAGCCAAGAACUUUCCUCAAAAACGUCAUUUUGGCAAUUUCCCCCCAAUUCGAAGACUGGGGUAUGAUGCUCAGCCAAUGAGCCCUUUGGACGCUGCAAUAUUGGCCCAGCGAUACCUUCCCCCACCACACCUGUCUCUUCCCAAUGCUCACUAACUUUUUUUUUUUUUUUCUCCCCUCCUUUUGGAUUUCAUUUUCUUUGGAAAAAAGAAACUUACAAGUGGAUAAAUCCUUUCAAUUGUGAAAGGUCACAUGGUGCUAUAACCCCCUUUCAUUUUGCUCCCUCCUAUUCCAGUUUGAAAACUAACAUUGCACAUAAGUCUUGUUGUUCUCCCCUCCCCGUUAUCCUAUAGCAAUACACUUUUCAGCACAAGAAAUAUCAACUAAUGUAGCAAUCUUCUGUUUGACAGGGUUUAGUCUUUUGGAAGUUCUUGGCUGCAUACAUAGCAGGCACAGCGCCGCAGCAUUAAGUAUCAAUAACUAGAUAUUACCUUUUUUUAUUUUCUCUUCUCUUCUUCGAUAUGUAUUAUCCCCACUGCAUCCUACCAUCUUAUGGAGAGAUUCUUUUGCAAUCAACCUUUUUAUAUUUACAUAUAUAUAUAGAUCUAUACAUAGACAUUAAAUCUACCUCUUUUUUUAGUAGGGUUCCACAAAGUUAAAAGUGCAGCAUUAGAUGGGUUCUGCUGUGGAAUAGAUUUCUUUUAUUUGCUGUUUGUUCAUAAAGUCAGCCCCCCUUCUAAAUAACAGGGUGGUUUAAUCUAGAUAUUGUGUGUACAUAUAUAAAUAUAUAUAAAUAUAUAUAUCCUUAUAUAGAGAUAUAUAUUUGAUAUUGAAUAUCCGCGGGAUUGCAAUAUCCGUGUAAAAAGAAUAAGCUGUGUUAUAACCAUCAGGCUUAUAACAUCCCAUAUCCUUGAUGUCUGCAAGCUGACGUAUACCUUCCUUCCCCCUGGGUUUUCAUAUUUAUUAGGUGUGUGUAUUGUUCAUAUAUUCCGUGGCUCCAUUGUGAAGCACAGUAGGAUUUAUUCUGCAUGCUUGUCUUGUGUGACAAACUGGAAGGAUAUAGAGGAGCAUAUUAUGUAUGGGAUCUAGAUUUACCGUAAGGAAGAUACCAUAGAAACAAUAGCUUCUACUUGGUGAUCCCACAUAAGUUUCUAUUCCUUCUGUAGUCACCUGAAGGAAUGCUGAAGAGAUGGUAGAGUACCUAAGAUAAUGCUUAGGACCCUAUACAAACGCAUCCCAGCUUUUUAUUUUAUUAAAUGGUUGCAGUUAUAUUUUUGGGUUGACUGAAAAUAGUGAAGUUCUCUAGCUCUACAUAGGUAUGACAUAAAAGACUGACCGUUAGGCGUACACCACCUACUUAUAUGCUGACUCAAGAUGUGGCCAUUGACUUAAAGGAUUAACAUCUCUAAACAUAAAGCAUGUGCAUAUGAUGCUUUCAUAGGAAUUUAUUAGGUAUGCACUAAACGUUAAGCUAAUUCAGUAUUUUGAAGGGGUUCUAUUCUAUUCUUAUAAAAAACCUAAUGUAGAAAGGAUCCCUUGAAUAUUAGGUUAUGGCGAAGUAUACACCUGCUGGGACCCCUAGUAUUUAGCUGUAAUCUGUAGAGAAACGUGGCAGUAUGUGUUCAGUUUCCCUGUGUGAUGUGCCCAUUAUCGAUGGAUUGUUUGUGUAAUGCCUGACAGGUCCAUCUGAGUUAGAAGACACUCCUUGUAGCCAUUUACCACCCCGGCCAAGAGUUGACUAUCUUGAAUGGGGGACCCCUCCAUAAUAACAUAAAAUUCGGCAUAUAAAAAUGGAAUUUCUAAACCAGAGAACCCCUUUCAAGAAAAUUUUGUGACCAGGUAUUGCAAAUGAAAAGUUUUUAUUAAACCUAAGGUGUCUUUCCCGGUGUCGGAUUCAUACAGGUCCAGGACAUGAUAUGGGGAGCUGUGGCUGGGACUUUACAAAAGGCUUUCUUGGAAAUGUUUUUAUCGGUGGUGUUGGCUCUGCAUGGUUCAGAUAAAACCAUAUCCCAGCUGCUUAAAUGACUACAUUUUUUUUCUUCCUCUUAAAGGGGUUAUCCAGGGAUAGAAACACGCAGCUAAUUUCUUCCAAAAACAGCACCACCUCUGUCCUCAGGUUGUGUGUGGUAUUGCAUCUCAGUUCCAUUGAGGUGAAAAGGGCAAAGCUGGUAAUACCACACACAACCUGUGGACAGGGAUGCUGGUGUUUUUGGAAAUAAUUGAGCUCUUUUCUUGUUUCUCUUACUGGAUAACACCUUUAUUGUCAAAAACAGACCUAGAGAUGGCUGCACGGUGUGAGGAUCCAGCAAACAGCUACUCAUAUCUCUGUCUCCUCAGCCAUGUUAAUGUGACUUGUUGUUGGCUAAAAAUGUGCUGACUGCUAUACUGUGCACCUGUGUGUGCAGCACCCGGUUACGCAUGUCAUUCAGUGGAGUGUAAAUUGUUAAUAGUAUAAUUUAGGCUGGGGCCAAAUGACUGAACAGUCAAAAGAAAUCAGCCUUGUGUGGAUUUUUUUUGGCCCCAGCCUUUCGGACAAUAGCCAGUGGUUAUACCUUAGUUUGUAAAAAUUGCAGAACAUUUCAUUAGACAUCAUUUGUAUCCUUUCCUUACAUGUCCUACUAUGUUUUACUGCAUUGGAUUGCGAUCUUAAAGGAGUUCUAUAGUGAAAAAUAACUUAUCCCCUAUCCAAAAGAUAGGGCAUAAGUUAUAGAUCGUGCUAGGACCCCUGCAAUCUCCUGAACGGGGCCCCAGCAGUCUGCUGGAAGGAGGCGUGCCGCCCCCACAUGGAGUGCUGGCCGGCAAGCCCCCUCCAUGUAUCCCAUAGAGAUGCGGGGGUCGGAACGGCCGCUUCCGGCAGACUCCCGGGGCCUUGUUCAGGAGAUCGUGGCACUACUCCUUUUAAUAACUACAUUGUUUGUACCAUAUCACAAUGGAAGAUAUCUCUAUACUGUGAAUACAAAGCCUUGCUAACAAUUGCUAUCCCAACAGCAUUUUUGUGUAGUAGGUGCCAUUUACACCAUAUACAGUGUCAUAUACACCAAAGAGAUCAGUACAGAUCCUGUUGUGUGUACAGUCACAUCAUUGAAAGACUAAAGCUGGGUUCAUACUGUAUUUUGAAGAAAUGAGUACUUUAUUGGCCUAUAGAUGAUGGAUGUUACAGUAUGGCAUUCGUCACAGGCACACAUUCAGUGAAUACGUGUUAACCCUUUUCGUAACCUGUUAUGAUCUGUUAAAUGAAUACCGUUACAGCCUAUGUGUGGCGGAUGUGUUAAACUGAUGCCUAACAUUGGCAUCUGCCACCCCUAGACUAUAAUGGCAUCUGUUUAUUGGAUAUGUCAUGAAAAAGCUGACAAUGUGUUCAGAAAAUGGAUUCCAUAUUAGAGUAUUGAUGUCAGUCUUAAAAGGGUAC